UGUUGCUGCUCCAUUAAACUAUUAUUUCGUUCAUGAAGAAGUCAACCAAUAUAUUUUAACUGGUUGCAAACAGAUAAUGUAACUUUAUUGUAAAUCUCAGGCAGAAAUUCAACUAUUUAUCUAACGUUGGUCCCUGUUUCCUACCACCUAUGGUUUGUCCCAGUCAGUGUUGUCCUGUAGGACACAAAGUGCGUCUUUAAUGAGGCAGCACACCGAAGGUGGAGGUCCUUACAGGACUUUAUAACACGUUAAUAUUAAUCUAGGAGUUAGUUCACUGGCUCUCACAACUGUGUGUUACACUUCAAAAGGGUCACAAUAUGAAUCUGAGGGGUCCUGAGAUGAUUAAUGAGAAGAGAUGUCCUCCCAAGUCAGACUGAGGCUGCUGCCGAGAGCCAGAUGCAUGUUUGAUGACCCCAUUCAGGUGAAGGUGGCCGGGCUGAGGUCGAGACAGGUGAUCACCAUGAGAGCCAGAUCGACUGAUGAGAAGGGAGUGGUGUUCAGCUCCUCGGCCACCUACAAGGCUGAUGGGAGCGGGGAGAUCGACCUGCAGAGAGAACCCUCUCUCGGUGGGAGUUACACCGGGAUUGAACCCAUGGGUCUGCUGUGGUCCAUGAAGGCGGACUCCUUGCACAGAAGGUUGCAAAAAACAAGUUCACUAACCCCGCACGUUGUGAAGUUCUCUGUGCAUGAGGAGGAGGAGGAGGAGGGCAGGAUGCUGGCAGAGGCGACCAAUGAGAGGUUUCUGAUAGGAAACGGGGUCAGCCGGCUCCCCGUCAAGGAGGGGAAUAUUCGCGGAGUCCUGUUUACUCCCCCAGGAGGAGGUCCGUUCCCUGCUGUGUUGGAUCUGUACACUUUAGGUGGUGGUGUGUCAGAGAAAAGGGCCUCUCUGCUAGCCAGCCGUGGAUUUGUGGUUCUGACCGUAGCGCUGUACGGUCAUGAUGACAUGCCGAAGUACAUCAAAGUGGUCAAUCUGGAUUAUUUUGAGGAAGCAAUAAAGUUUUUAAAAAAACAAGACAAGGUGGGCAGUAAAGGUGUUGGCGUAAUAAGCAUUUCAAAAAGUGGAGAUCUUGCGCUCUCAAUAGCCUCUUACCUGCCAGAUGUUGAUGCCACAGUGUGGAUUAAUGGCUGCUCUGCCAACACACUUCUACCCCUCCACUAUAAGAAGAGCCAAAUCCUCCCUGCUUUAAUGUUUGACAUCAAGAAGAUUAUUCUCACUAAUUCAGGGGUCGCCAUUGUCAAGGAUGGAAUGCAUGAUCCACUGGCAGAGGAGAACAAGGCCACCCUGGUCCCCAUUGAACAGGCCAAGGGACGUUUCCUCUUUGUGUCAUCAGAGGACGACCUCAACUGGAACAGCAAAGCUUACGUGGACAUGAUGGAGGAGAGACUGAAGCGUCAUGGGAAGGACAACUUUGAGAGUGUGUGUUACCCCGGAGCGGGACAUUACUUAGAGCCGCCUUACGGACCCUACUGCCCCUCCAGUUUUCAUGGGGCUGUAAACAGGCCUGUCGCGUGGGGGGGUGUGCCCAAGUCCCACGCGGCAGCUGAAGUCGUCCUGUGGAAGAGGAUCCAGGAGUUCUUCAGAACUCAACUGAGCUGUGAUGCUACACACACUAAAGCCAAAUUAUAGAUACAAAUAUCAUGAUAUGGAAGACAUCCGAACAGAUAAAUCACCAGCCAGUUAACGGUAAAUGAUUGUAUAUGAAUUAAGCUAACAAUUUCAUGUUUGAUUUGAUGAUUGAAUAUUUUUGUAUUUCAAAAUCAUGAAUUCACACAACCUGAUGCAGAUUUACCACUGUGAAAUGACAGGACUGUAGCCUUAAUUGAAUAUCUUCUUGAUAAUGUGUUUGUAUUUUCUGAAUUUAUUUCUAAAUCAUGAGAUGGGAUAAGAAAAGCAACAUACGAUAGAUAAAUUCCUCAGACUCUUC